UCGUGUUUUGAAUAUGUAAAUUAUGAAACGGGAAAAUUCAGCUUCCAUUGAGAAACACAUUACCUGUGACAGUUUUCAGCAGAGGAUCAACAGAAGAGCAUCAAUUCACGGAGGGACAAAAAGAAAACAGAUAGACAAACUGCUGGAGGAAAAUAAUUCAUCUGACAGCAAAGAUGCAGUGGAGUCUGAUUCUGCUCUUCCUGAUGGCUCAGUGUUGCUUCAUUGACUGUCAGCUCUAUCAGUUUCACUACAUUAAUGAGAAUAAAAACUGGACUGAAGCUCAGCAGUACUGCAGAGAGAAACACACUGACCUGGCCACAGUGACUAACAUGAAGGACAUGAAGAGACUCAUCAACAUCUCAGCUGGAGAUCAGAGUGAAGCUUGGAUUGGUCUGAUCAGUAAACCAGAAUUUACCAGAACAUGGUUCUGGUCUCUGCCUGGAGUGGAGUUCAAUGAAAGUGAGACAAACUGGAACCAAGGAGAACCAUCAGAUAAAGGAAUUCAAGGAUCUGAGAACUGUGGGGCUAUGUAUCAAAAUCUCACAUGGCUAGAUCAGGGUUGCAAGUGGCCUCAAUAUUUCCUCUGCUAUGAUGAAACUAAUAAAACCCAUAAAUAUCACCUGAUUAAAGACAUGAAGACCUGGCAGAAAGCUCAGAGUUACUGCAGAGAGAAACACACAGACCUGAUCAGUGGAACGAAGCAACUACAGGAUGAAGAAGUGAAGAAAUUGGUGGACUCUGAGUUCAAACACCUAUACAUUGGUCUGUUCAGAGACACCUGGAGGUGGUCAGAUGGAAACAGUUUCUCUUUCAGACACUGGAAUAAUGACUUUAACUAUCCACAAUCCAACAGUGGUCAAUGUGCCAUGACUGUGUUUAAUGAUGGAGGCAAAUGGAGGAAUAUGAACUGUGCUGAAAGAAAACCCUUCAUCUGUUAUGAUGAUAAAGUGAUCCUGAUCAAAGAGAAGAUGACCUGGGAGGGCGCCUUGUACUACUGCAGAGAUCACCACCAUGACCUGGUCACCAUCACCAACAUGGAUGAUCAGAGAUGGAUCCAGGAGAAAGUCAAGAACACAUCGACUGAUUAUGUCUGGACGGGUCUGCGCUACACCUGCACUCUGGAUUUCUGGUUCUGGGUCAGUGAUGAGGUGGUCAUCUAUCAGAACUGGGCCGAAGAUGAACCGACGGACGACUGUGACAUGUCUGGAGCCAUGGAGACAAAAGGAGAACAUAAGUGGAGGAAGAAAAAUGAUCUUGAAGAGUUUAAUUUUCUUUGUACUAAGGAUUAAGCACUGCUUUCUCCUCCACUCAUUAAAUAGAUUUUUUUCUUCUUUUUUUUUAAUUCAUGUCAAACAAUUAAUUGGAGUAUAAAGUAUCUUUUUAGACCAAAGUUCGCGUAGCUCACUGAAGUCUCUGAAGAUUUUAAGAUUUCAUUUCUCUGCAUAGCUUCUCCUAUUGUGGCCAGGUAGAUGUAACAUGCUAAACCUGGUGAUUUAAAUCGUGUUUUUGUCCGAUUUAUGUGAUGUUAAUGAACAGGAAUGUUGCACCACGCCGCAGUCUCAUCUCCUGUGUUUCAGCUGACAUCUGACAUAUUGUUAUACGUGAAAAAAUUAAGAUGAAUAAGUAAAAUAAAACAACUUUUCACUCUGUUGGAUUAACAUUUGCUCCAUUCAUCUUGUAUACCAGCUUUGUUGAGCAGAGUCCAGGGCAGCUGGUGUCUAUCUCCGGCUGCCAUUGAUUGAGACAGGCAGCCAAUCAAU